UCAUUGAAUUUUUUAAGUAUUAUCUUGUCAAAAAUAAAUUUAAAAGUACAUGUUCAAGUUAUUUAAGGUUUUGAGUAACUAAAAACUGAGAAGAUAACUUUAAGAAAAUCUAAGUGUAUGUAUAACUGUUAAUGUAUUUUAUUAUACUUUAAAAUACUUUAAAUAAUUUUAAAAAAUUUUAAAUAGAUUUUCCUAAGAAGUGUGGAAUUUUUUACCAACUCAUUAUAUAUACAUAUAUGCGUUAGUUAUUUGAGUGGGGAAAACUGAUAAAAGCCUUACAACAAGUCGGCGAUGACUACAUUCGGAUAGUAACAUUAAUAUAAAAUCGUCGUAGUAUCGUGACGUUACCAUUAUUAGUGUAACAAUGUUUGUAACUGCUACAUUAAGUGCUUUAAUAACCGUUCUGUUAAGUUACUUUAUUUGGAAGUUUUGCAGUGAAUUAUACUAUUCUGGAAAAGAAUUGAUGAAACUGCCCGAUCGAAUGAAAACGUUUAAAUAUAUUUUGUAUGGGAAUACUCAUGAUUUCUUGGACAUUGCAAAUAUGAUAGGGGAGCAUUGUUCAUCUCCAUUACGGUUACCAAUGUCCUCAGUCUUUGUAGUGUACGAACCAAAUCAAGUAAAAACUGUUUUACAAAGCCAACAUUGCUUAGAGAGAGGUUUCUUCUACAAAGUUUUCGAUCUAUUAUUAGGCGAAGGAUUAGCAACAGCUCCUGUAUCUUUUUGGACAGAAAGUCGAAAGACAAUAUCCCCAUUCUAUAAUUCGAACAUGUUGCGAAAAUUUUUUGGUUCAUUCGUAAAACAAUCUUUAAUAUUGGCGAAUAAAUUAGAAGAAAUUGGAGAAAAUGGAAACGAGAUUAUCUUUAAUGAACAUGUACGAAUGUGUAUUUACGCUAAUACAUAUGACGUUAUCGUGGGCAAUAAAGUAGAAACAGUUCUUAAGGAUCAACAUUUUGAAGCACUUAUGAGACUUACAGAAACUGUAAAUUAUAGAAUAAAUUUACCACUGGCGCUAAACAUUUUAAUGUUUAAUAGUGUUAUAUAUAAUUUUACUCCUUUGAGACGCAAACAGCAAAAUCUUUCGAAGACAGUACAUCUUCUCACUAAUAAGUUAAUAGAGCAACAUCAAAAUGAAUUAAAACAGCAUUCUAUGGAAAUGGAAAAUACAAAUCAUGAAUCGGUUCUUGAUAUUCUGAUUGAAUCAUCUCAUAAAAAAAAUUGGACACAAAAAAUAAUUUUUGACAACCUUGUUUCACUGAUUUUGGCGUCCAGUGAUUCAAUUGGUACUACCUUAAAUUUUACUGUCUUCAUGUUAGCAAAUUUCCCAGAAAUACAAACGAAAGUAUAUGAAGAAUUGUUGGAAAUUUAUGGUAUGAAGACGCCAACGUCUGCUCCAGUCAAACAUGACGAUUUACAACAUAUGCAUUAUUUGGAGCGAAUUAUUAAGGAAACAAUGAGACUUUUUCCUGUUUUUCCAGUAGUUGGCCGAGAUACAACCAAAGAUAUAAAAAUAGGAGACACUGUUUUGCCAAAGAAGGCUACUAUUGUGAUGCCAAUUAUAACAAUGUUUCGAAAUAAAAAGUACUGGCCGAAUCCAUUAAAAUUUGACCCCGACAGAUUUUUAACAGAAAGAAUAAAAGCUUGUGACUCGUAUUAUUUCAUCCCUUUCAGUGACGGACCAAGAAAUUGUAUAGGUAUGAAAUAUUCAAUGAUGUUUAUGAAAGUUAUCCUAGCAACGCUUAUUCGCACAUUCGUAUUUAAAGUAGAUCAAAGCAUCGAAAUAGAUAAAAUCAAAUUAACUACGGAUAUGGGAGGAUUAAUUCCUUUUGAACCUCUAAAGGUUAAAAUUGAAAAACGAAAAUUUUCUGAUGACAUAUCUGGUGAUUCCUCAGAUAGUCAAACUUGCAAAAGCAAAUAAUAUCAAAAUGCUUGUUAGAACAUCAUUUUGUAAGCAAAAUGGCACUAAAUUGGACACAAAUUCUGUUAUACAGGAUGUUGUCGACAAAUUAUUAACAGAAAUAUAGCAAAAUGUGUUUUACAAAUUUUGCUGGCAAAUAUAGUUGCCAAAUAUUGAACAAGGCUUGAUAUUCUUGUUGCCAAAUUUAGUUUGACAGUUAAAAUUACUGUCAAACAACAUUUUGAUAAUUAUUCAGUUUAGGGGAGGUAGCUUCGAUGAUCUUGACCUUGACAUAUGUUAUCAAGGUCACCGUCCUGAGUGACCUUCAAAAGAUUGUAGCUGUCGCUCGUGAUUCGUUAAAUUGAUGUAUAUGUCUAUAUGGUGUCAGAUAAUGUCACAAACACAUGUGGUACAGUACAAGUAGGAUAUUUAUAAUUUUUAAGUCUUCAUUAUUGAUGUAGAAAUUUAUGAAACUUUUUUUGUUAAUAUCUUUUUAACGAAUUACGAGCGACAGCUAAAAUCUUUUGAAGGUCAUUCAAGAGGGUGACCUUGAUAUGUCAAGGUCAUCGAAGCUGCCUCCCUUAAACUGAAUAAUUACCAGCAUUUUUAUGUAAACUGAGUUGCACAGACUUUGUUCGCUUCUUGACGACAAUUUGUUGUCAAGUUAUGAUACAAAUUUUGCCAACAAAAUACAAGCUGAUCGCGGAUACAGAUGCUAAAGUAUUUGGUAUCAAGUUUUGAGCUAAUUUGUUGCCAAUUUGAUGACAAUUUAAUAACAAAUUGUUUAUUGGAUUAAAAAUAUUAUUAUAACACUUAUAUAUGUAACAAUAAGAAAUAAAUAAAAUAAAGUAAUAAAAUAUUUUACAUUCAUUUGUUAAGAAUUUUUUGCUGUACAAUUUCCACGAAACAUAUAUAUCUCAUCAAGAAGAAAUGAUCAGUUUAUAUUAAUUUAAGAAAAUAUACUAGUACCUCAACAUGCGCAACGAAUCCAUUCCACGCGCGAGAAUUCCAUUCCUCUUGCAAGAAUUCAUGAUUUUUUGCGAUUGAAAAUAUAAUCAGUCAAUACAAAAAAAAGUAAAAAAAAUCCAUUUGUACAUUGUGCAAAUAUGUAUUUUACCCUUCGAAUUCGAACAAGCAUUCCCUUGAGUUGUAUUAAUCUGCACAUGGUUAAUUUGUGAUGGUACGUAUAUGCGCACAAGACUUUGCUGUUGAGCAGAAAACACCCGGGCCGUGCUAAUGCACAUCCCUUAUAGAAGUGCAAUCCAUCGAGCAAUGUCAGAGACGCACGCUUAGAUUUCACCGCCUAUAGCCUUUGACCAGCUUAGCAAAAAUCAUCGAUGAAAUCGAACACGAGCGAAAACAAACUCUCCGUCCGCUGUAAAAUAACAAACUUUCCUCUUUUAUUUCAUGGGAUUUGGAAACUGCUCCACAAAAAAAUGUAAACCGAUUUUAGCGUCGCCGAGGCUACACCACAUCGCGCGCUACUGCCCAGCACCAGUCGCUGCAUUUUCAAACACUCGUUAUAUUUCAAUAUUAUAACAUAAAAAUAUGAAUAUAUUUUUUUAAUAUUUAAUUUGUAUAAUAUUUUACUUUAAAAUUGGUAUUAUAUUUAAAAUUUAAAACAUAAUCAAAACUCAAUCUAUAAUUUACACUUUUAAGUUAUAAACAUAUAUAUAUGUCUAAGGAGAAAAAAAUUAUCAAAAAGUAAAUUAAAAAGUUUGAGUUAUUCUCAAAAAAUCUUAGCAGUGCCUUAGAUUCUGUCUCCAAAGGAUUAUUUAUUUGUAAAUUUUUGCUAGUUAUGAUAAUGUGUCAAAAACUAUUCUUUUAUAGAAAAAUUUUGAAAAUUAGACAAAGUUUGUAAGCAAUUUUAGAGUUUCAUGUUUGUUUUUUUAUAUUUUUAAAAGUUUUCUUAUACAUUAUAAAUUGAAUUAUUAAAAUUUAAAGUUCAGAAAAUAAAAGUAAAAAUCCCCAUCAAUGUAGGGUUGUUAACCCUAGAACGUCACAACGUGGUAGUUUUGUACAUCAGCGCAAAUUUGAAUCUAUCUCCUAAUUUAGCAGAUGAAGGGAUACCGACCAUAAUUUGAUUCAAUGUCUUAGAAAUGGAUAAAGACAUUAACUGAUGUAAGAACGCCAUUAGCUUACGAGCAGUAUAGACAUAAAGUGGAAAUGGGAUACAUUUAUACCCCAGUCUGACGCUUGUGUAUAUAUUUCAUUUGAAUACUGUCAUAUGGACCACUGUUUUUUCCAACGACAUAAAGAAUGGAUUGAGCAUCAGGAUAGACAGACAGGCGCUCGCUAUAGAAAGAGAGGUGCUUACUGCGUUUGCGCAAACUGCAACGUUCCUGUGUGUGAAAACCACAGGAUCAUACAAUGUGGCGAGUGCCACUUGGAAUUAUAAAAAUAUUUUAAUAAUGUUUUUUACUUUAAUAAUGUAUUUUGUUAAAAAAAAAUAAACAUUUUUUAGAAUUUUAAUAAAAUAAAAAUUUGAUUGUGUCUAUUCAUUUUUUUUUCUUAAAUUAUCGUUAUUUUUUCGACUUUUAUUUGUCAAAAUAAUUAUAUUUUUUAAACAAUACCCAAAGUCCAUUUUAUCCCGGUUCUAAAACUAUCUUUUACCUUUUUUAAGCUGUUUAGUUUUUUAAAUUCGCAAAAAAUGGAUGAAAAUACGAUAGAAAAAAAAAACAUUUUUUUUGCAAUUUUUUUCAAACAUUACUCUGUUUAAAUUUUAACGUGUUUAAUAUUAAUUAAUAUUAUUGUGUGCUAGGACUAUCGUCCUUGUCAUAAAAAGACAAAGAGAUUCAUUAAGCACAAUAUUGAUCAAUAAAAUGAUUAUUUAUUCGCCAGUGAUUACAAAAGAAAAAACAAUGUAACUAUUACGUUUGACCUGACUGGCCUCAAAUAUAUUCAACAAAUAGCGCACAACGUUUCGACCGUUGGUUUCGGUCCUUAUCAAGUGCUUAGAUACGUAAAAAUUAAUUGGUACACAUUUUGAAUUAUAAUAUGUGUCUAGAUAUCGUUUAACAAGCAAUAUAAACGAAGUAAAUUACAGAAGAGUUGCCCUAAAAAUAGAAAUCAAUAAUAACGUUUACAAAUCAGAAGUGUGGUCAAGUUUGUGUAAUAAAAAAUAAUAAAUGAUUGGAUACAUUGAAGUCUAAUGUGUGUGUUUCCUUCGAGAUCUAAUCCAUUAUUUAUGGGUUGGGAAGUCUUUGAAAAAUUAUUAUUCUCUUAUGAAAAAAGAAAUAGUCGUAUACGAUAAAUUGAUCGCAUUACCAUUUACAAGCUGAUACGGAAUAACAACGAUGCGAGUAGUUCCGUUUCCGUAGUUUGCCACGUAGUUAUACUCAUUUGCGAUCGCUCUUAAAAAAAUUACAAAUUAUUAGUAAUUUAUAUACUUAAUGAAUUAAUUGCUUAAUUAUGGUGACUAAUAAUUCAUAUGUUUAUUGAAAUUACACAAAAUACAUAGAACGGUUUUGCUAAAGUAUUUAAAAAUUGAAACAAGUGUAAGAUUAGAGAACUGAUAAUAUAAAUAAUACAAAACAAAGAUAUGUCAUUUUUUGGUCAAGACAAAUUUUGAUGCGUAAUGAAAUUGUGUGAAUUUUUAGUCAGUCUUGACAGUUUUAAACUAAAGCUGGAAUAUGUAGUAUUACACAUUAAAUUAAUAAGCUUAAUAUUAUUUUAAUGCUAAAAUAAGCAUCUCAAUGUAAAGAAUUUAUUGUGUUAUUCAUGUAAUUGUAUUUAUUAUGGUGUUAUUGAUUAUCUUUAUUGCAAUAUAUUUAUAAUAAUCGUAGAUAUUUAUAGUAAUUGCCUGAAAAAAAAUGUAUCUACCUUAUACUAUAAUAAAUAUUAUCACUUGCCUCGGUAAUCGAAUUAAUAAGACAUCCGUACAGAAUGUAGGGAGAUCCAGAUUCAUGUCCUCGCUAAGAAAAUAUUUUUUGCAAUAAAUUCUUUACAGUAUUUUAAGAAAUCAAAUCAAAGUAUUAUUAAAAUAUUUGUCAAUUUAAUUUGUUAUAUUACUCAUUCUAGAUUUAAUUUAGAUUUAAUUUAGAACUCAAAACAAGUAAUCAAAAA